CUCUGUGAACAAGUCUUAUUUUUGUUGGAAGAGAAGGAUUGAUAGCAGGCUAAUAUGGUGGAUUUGAAGUAAAUGCUAACCUGAAUUGCCUAGACUAGCAGAAAUGUCUAUGCUGUUUCUUUACUGUCUAAGCAUAGCCUUUCUGUUCAGCUAUACUCCAAGCAAGAUGACCCCAAGUAGUCGAAAUUUUGCAUAUUUUCAUAAUUUUAGAACCUGUAGUCAGAAGCACUAAGAACAGAAUUGAGGCUUCAAAUCCUUAUUUUUUCUGUCAAUGCACCCGGGUGGUGAAGAGGUCCUCAGGGAGCAAGCCGGAGGAGAUGCUACUGAGAACUUUGAAGAUGUUGGCCAUUCCACAGAUGCAAGGACACUGUCAGAAACCUUUAUUGUUGGGGAACUUCAUCCGGAUGACAGAGGGAAGCUUCAGAAACCAACAGAAACUCUUAUUACCACUACUCAGUCUAAUACCAGUUCAUGGUCCAACUGGGUGAUCCCAGCAAUAGCAGCAAUUAUUGUGGCCCUGAUGUAUCGUUCCUACAUGUCGGAGUAAGCGCCUUACUGAGAACUAAUGCAAGAAGAGACUGCUCUAGGAGAGAACAUAAGCAAUCCUAACCCGGUAUGGUUCCAGACAAAAGCCUGAUGUCUGAUGAAAAAUUCACGUUUUUCAGAAAACUGAACAAUUCUUUUCUGCUGUGCACUUUUCUUAAUGUUGCCUUCUUAUUUGCUGUUCUGAAGUGAUAAAAAGGCAGCAUUUCUCUUUUUUGUAUAACAAUUUUAUUCUCUAAUUAUUUGAUAACUGUAUUGGUUUCUGUGUUAGAACGUUGUUUUGUAUGUAACACUGAUUCUGGUUAUUUCUGUUUAAUCUGUAAUGGGGUCCAUAGAAUUCUCUUUACAUAUAAAUUUUACAGCUUUAAAUGACUACCAAAACUGUGUACAUGUAUUUGUCCAUGUACACAACUUUGCUUAACUUAAAAUCAUGUUGUUUUCUUAAAUGUAGUAUGUUUGAAUGAAAUGCUAAUUAAACAUAAUUGAAAUAGCUGAGUGGAGUAGUGGGUAUAGGUGCCUGUAAGCAGUUGGGCCCUACCAAUUAGGCUAAAAUGAGCUGAUUGGGGUGUUUUUUUCCCUUUCCUGUUGAAUCUACUCUUGUAGUUUUUGUAGAUACUCAUACUAGUGAACUGUUCUGUUUUGGCUCCCACUGAAAAAUUCAGGUGAAAUAUGAAACCCAAUGUUUGGCCCAAUUAGGUCUGUCUCAGUUUUGUGAAAAGUAGCUCUUUUUUUGUGAAAAACUCAGAAAAAAGUGCUAUGUAAAAUCCACUACAGGUAAUGUAACUGCUACUAAAUAAUACUGUUCCUGCCAAGCACUCAGGUGACUGUAGAAUUUGUUCUGGAACUUUUAGACUUUUAUAAAAAUCUUUAACUUUGUCAUGUACAUUGUGAGGGUAAAAAACUGAUACGUGGAAUCUGUUUCUGACUGCUCUAUGAUGUGCUCCUUGGUGCUUUACUAUGAAGAGAUGACUAUUUUCACUGCUAAAUACAAGGUAACUGAAAGUUUGCAUUUUGUGGUGAACAUUUUUAGUCAUAUGUAAAUGAUCAUGAAUAAAAGUUUAAUUGCUUAUUC